AUGGCCUUGAGCUUGUACGUCUUACACCUCUUCUAUAAGUUCAAAGUGUUGGUGCUUGUCACUUUGUGUUUGAUGGUGCUAUGGGCCACAUUCAGUUACUUUGUGGACUCAAGACAGGAAAUUUCUAAAGUUAAGGACAUGGUGCAGGAUUUCAGAACGGUAACUAGCCUGAUGUACAGCCAAAAGGAAGAGAAGUUUGAAUCCAUUGCUGAAGUUCCUACGGUGAAAUUUCAGGGUCCUUGCCCAGCUCUGUCGCCGUAUCUGCGAGGCGCCAGCAAACUCACCUUCAAGGCAUCUCUCACACUGGAAGAAGUGCAGAAGGAGAACCCUCAGGUAACCAAGGGCCGGUAUCACCCUACAGAGUGCUCAGCAUUGCAGCGUGUGGCCAUCCUCAUCCCACACCGCAACCGAGAGAAGCACCUGCUGUACCUCCUGGAGCACCUCCACCCCUUCUUACAGAGGCAGCAGCUGGACUACGGCAUUUAUGUUAUUCACCAGGCUGGCAGCACCAAAUUUAAUCGGGCUAAACUGCUGAAUGUGGGAUACCUAGAGGCCCUAAAAGAAGCAAACUGGGACUGUUUCAUUUUCCAUGAUGUGGAUCUGGUGCCAGAAAAUGACUUUAACAUUUACAUGUGUGACAGACAACCAAAGCAUCUUGUAGUUGGCAGGAACAACACUGGAUACAGGUUACGAUACGCGGGAUAUUUUGGCGGUGUAACUGCUCUAACAAAAGAUCAGUUUUCCAAGGUGAAUGGAUUCUCUAACAACUACUGGGGUUGGGGUGGAGAAGAUGACGACCUUCGAAUCAGGGUUGAGAUGCAGAAAAUGAAGGUGGUGAGGCCAUCUGCUGCUGUAGCCAGGUACACAAUGAUCUUCCACAAACGAGACCAUGGUAAUGAGGAGAAUGCAGAGAGGAUGAAGCUUCUACGUCAGGUAUCUAGAACAUGGAAAAGAGAUGGGCUGAACUCUUGUUCAUAUAAACUACUUUCAGUGGAACACAACCCCUUAUACGUCAACAUCACGGUGGAUUUCAGAAUGCAGCCCAAGGUCUCAUAAGGGCAAGCACCACACAGGUUAUUGGAAGAGGCAUCAGAUCAUGUUUGUGGUUACUGUUAGAGCAGAUGGCUCCUGGCACUCUGCUUUAAAGUGUCCUUCAGUAGCAGGGAAGAAAGUUUUUCUUCACAGCAUCUAAUUGGU